GUUUUUUCGUGAUUAGGCCAUGGAGAAUGAGAUUGAUAACUGUUCCCUAUGAUUAGACUUAGAUGCUGUUUUUUGUUUUUGUUUGUUGAGUUAUUUUAGAUAUGGACAGUAAACAUACUAGCUUUUCAUUUUUCGAGUAAACGUUGCUCUCUUAUUUCAUAAAAACCAUCAGUCGUUAACUUUUCAGGAUUUCAGCCAAAAUACUUACCAACUACUUCUCAGAUGGCUGAAGAUCCACAAAAGUUGCUUUUCCGCAUGCAGCAUAUCAUUCCACGAAAACUGUCUCCAGCUGCAGAUGUUUAUCACAGAGAUGCAACAGCAUCAUCUUCACAUGCCUUUCCAAUGGAUAUUGAAUUUCAAAUGACAUGGGGAAAAGUAGCUGCUAAAGUUUGGGGGCCACCUGAUGGAAGACCAGUAUUUGCCUUGCAUGGAUGGUUGGAUAAUGCUGGUACCUUUGAUACCUUGAUACCUUUACUGCCAAAAAAUUUACGGAUAGUUGCUGUUGACACAGCCGGCCAUGGACUGAGUGACCAUUAUCCUCCUGAUAUUGCCUACAACUUUUUUGACUGCCUUGUUGCGAUUGAGAGGCUAGCUGGCCUCCUCAAAUGGAAAAAAUUUUCCCUGAUUGGGCACUCAAUGGGGGCUGCUAUGUCUAUGCUCUAUGCAGGAGUUUUUCCUGAAAAAGUAGACACUCUGGUCUGUCUUGAUUUAGCUAGAGCAGAGGUGACCAGACCUGAAACAGUUGGCUACAGAUUAAGAAAAACAGUCGGAAAAUUGCUCAAAUACGAGGCUGCCAUUGCCUCAGGCCAAGAAAAACCUUUCACUUAUGAAAUUGCUAUUGAAAAAAGCAUAAGCGGAUCAUUUGGAUCGCUCAACAAAGAUGCAUGUGAGGUGCUACUUAAGCGGGGACUUAAACAAGUUGACGGUGGCUACGUAUUUCGUAGAGAUAGACGAUUGAUGGCUGCCCCGUUAACUUUAACGCCUAAAGAAGAUCAAUUGGCUAUGGCAAGAGAAGUUACGGCUAAUGUUUUGAUCAUCAAAUUUGCACAGGGACCAGACUUUGAAAGUCGCGAUAAUUUCAUGGAACAUGUUGAAAAUCUCAAAGCAAAAGCCAAAAACGUUUGUUUUGUGGAAGUAGACGGGACCCACCAUGUGCAUCUAACCAAUCCAGAUCGUGUUGCAUCCAUUAUUUCCGAUUUUUUUAAUGCACCCAGUAGUAAUCUACAUAUUAGUUUGUAGCAAAUUUCUGUUCCCGUUCACCGGAAGUUAUUUAACGUUAAAAUUGAUAAUCAGCAAUAAGGAGAGCCCGCAAGAAGAAAAAAACAUUGAAACGUUAAUAGUUAUAGCAAAAUCCACUUUAGUCCCGCUAUAACAAACAAAUUUGAAAAUUUAAAAAUAGUAGAAUGGAAGAGAAAGGGAAAAA